GGAGGGAGAAGAAACAUUCUUGAAGGAUUGCUGACAACAUCCACCAUUGCUGACCUUCAAGAAAAGAUCUGGCUGAUGACUGAUGUUCCACCUCAUGCGCAAAGAAGUAAUGAGUUUCUUUAAAAAGUUGACAUGGGACACAUUUAACCACAAAUUCAGACAAUUCAAUCCACAUCACAAAGGCUUGAAUAUUUUAUCAUAGCUUACACACCUGGAUCCAAAUAGGCAGGGUAGUGCAAUUUAAGCAUCUCGUGAUCAUCUCGUCAGAAUAAAAAAGUAUAGAUUUGCUCAAGUUAAAUUAUCUUUGUAUCGUGGAAACAAUAAAUACUCAGAGAGUCAAAGUAUGCAACACAUCGGCAUCCUUUAUGAGCCCGCAAGUAAUCAUGGUACUUGCAAUUUUACCAUCAACACCUAUCAACAGGCACAAUUCCGAAAUGUAAAUCAAACCAAAAAUUAUUGCCACCAUUAAGAGGGCAAAACAAAGCAGCUGGUCAUAUAUAAAUUACAUUUCUUGUCUGUUUUAAAUAGUUCUUUCAGGAUUUCCACCAAAACAGCUUAUGUGGAAGAAUAAAGAUGAUGUAAUAUCAUCUGUGGAUGUCAGAUCUGGAGAUAGGUUAAUAAUUGAGGAGGACAAAAAUGCUCCAAAACCAUUACUGGAUGGUUACAAGAAAUCUUUAAGCAGUGCAGCACUUGGAAAAAUGUCAAGAAAGUAAUUAUUAUUUUAUUAUAUCCAUUUUGUGAACUUCCAUCAUAAUUUGCAGUUCACAACAGUAUUUAGGGCACAUCACAAGGAACUAGUCAAGAUGGCUGAGUGCAGGGAGGUUCAGUGUUGUUCAGUAGCAUAAGUGGGUCAAAAUUAAUAAGCAUCCAAAAAUUUAAUUAACAUAACUGGAACUGUUUCUGCUAUCAAAAAUUUGUAUGAAAUUAUUUUGUGAAAUUAGGUAAUGUGAAAUAAUAUUUUGGGGGUUGGGGGAGCAAAUGAUUAAAACUGUGUAUUAAAUGGAACGUAACAGGUAUACUAUAAGCAUUCUUUUUGAAAGGUAGGAAACCAGUUGAUUAUUUACCAGGCUGGCUGAGGAUUUGAACUUGAGAUUUCUGCUAAGUAUCCACUCAACCGCACUCUGCCUUCAUCACAUACUUGUACAAUAUAUGGUCUGUUUGUUGUACUGUUUAAUUGUUCUUUUUUUCCUUCAUACAUAGAGUUGUUCCAGCUGAUAAUUCCUGCCUUUUUGCAAGUGUUAGGUAA